GUGGGGCUGCCUGCGGGGCUGUCUGCAAGCUGUUUGAUGCAGUUAAAAAAAAAGAUUUGCAGACUGUCAAUGCCCUUCUAGAUGAAGGCAUCCCUGCCAACAUCAAAGAUGAGAACACAAACACAGCACUAAUAUUUGCAGCCUUCCACGCUGGGUAUGAACUUGUCUUACUUUUAUUGAGGCGCAAUGCUGAUCCAAAUCUUCCAAACAGCUUUGGAGUGACUCCCCUUAUGUGCGCAGCGUGGGCGGGGCAUCUUAACAUCGUACAGGCACUGUGUACAAGAGGAAGUGACAUCAACGCCAGGACAGCCAAUGGCUGGACUCCUCUCAUGAUGGCAAGUCACAAGAAACAUGUGGAGGUGGUUAAAGUCUUGUGUCAGCGUAAGGCUGACGUCAAUGCCCACAAUGACCUGGGUAAGACAGCUCUGAUACUGGCUUCAGUCAGUGGACACAGGGAAACAGUGCGCUAUCUUCUGCCUAGAGUCAAUGAUGUCAACAGCAGAAAAAAGAAUGGCUGUACAGCUUUGAUCUCUGCUGCCAACAAAGGCCAUGCCAGGAUUGUCAAGGAUUUGUUGAGGUCUGGGGCUGACGUCAAUGCCACAUGCAAUGCUUCACGCACGGCUUUAAUGUAUGCCUCACAAAGGGGCUUUUUCAAAGUGGUGACAGCUCUUCUCACCAAACCUUGUCAUGUUGACAUCCAAGAUGUAGACGGUGUGACAGCCUUGAUGCUGGCUGCAUAUGAAGGACACAAGGACAUCGUUGAAGUCUUAUACAAGAAAACAGCAGAUAUCAACCUAGCCAGCAAUAAAGGUUGGACAGCCUUGACCUUUUCUGUCUUUGGAGGACAAGUAGAGACCUUGAGAUUUUUCCUUGACCUUGGCUGUGCUGUGAAUGCCAGAGAUGAAGAAGGAUGGACAUUGCUGAUGCACGCUGUUAGUGAAAAACAAAACGCAGUCGUGCAGCUUCUGCUGCAGCACAAUGCCGAUGUCAAUGUUGCCAGCUGCUCAGGCUGGAGCCCACUCAUGGCUGCCGGCUACAGGGGUCACCUGACAACUGGCCAGCUACUGCUGGACCACGGCCCCACCUGUGUGGACAUUGAUGCCCAGGACGUGGAUGGUUUGACUGCUGUCAUGGCAGCAGCUUUUGCUGGUCAGGAUGAAUCUCUGCAACUCUUGCUCAUGAACGGCGCUGACAUCAACAGGACUAGCAAAACAGGCUGGACAGCGCUCAUGUGUGCGUCUGUGUGUGGUCACGCCUCAACUGUAUCUCUCAUCAUUCAGUGGGAAGGGAAAGUUCAUGUCAAAUGUAAGGAUGGCUUUACUGCCCUUGUGUGGGCAGCAGCUUAUGGGCAUCUAAGCUCUGUUGAGCUCCUUCAUAAGGCAGGAGCUAAGAUUGAUGAAAAAAAUACUAAUGGCUGCACUGCUCUGAUGUGGGCCUCUGAGGGUGGACAUAAGGCAGUGGUGGACUACUUGUUGGAUCAGGGCAGUGAUCCCAACGCCAGGGACAGGUACAACUGUACAGCCUUGAUGUGGGCAUCUAGAAAGGGUCAGCUGGAGGUUGUGGAGCGCCUGUGUCGCCAUGGCGCUCAGAUCAACCUGUCCAGCAGCAAUGGGUGCACUGCAUUAGACCUGGCACACAAGGGAGGCCACGCUGUUGUGGAAAAGUUUCUCUUUGAGGCCAUGCUGCGCUCAGGGAUGGCACAGACCACUCCAGGCCAUCUCACUCCAGGCCAUCUCACUCCAGGCCAUCUCACUCCAGCAGGUACUGAUACAAACAAUGCAAUGCCAAGGGAAACUACCCAGCAUUUACCAUCCAGUGAAGUGCAGGAACCUGAGGGUGAUCCACCAUGUCAGCAGCCGCUGCCCAUCACCCCUGGGUCCGCCCCAGCAAGCAGUGGGUUCAACUAUCAAGGAUUUAUUAAUUACAUGAAAUCCUGCGCCAAUUUUUACAUGGCGAAUCAAUCAUCCAAGCCAGCUCAGCCAAUUAGAAUCUCAGUGGAUGGUGAAUCCAGUCAGACACCAGAGAUUGUUGCUGGCUUUAAACUCAAUGUGAUUUUCAAAAACCUUUCUUGUGAGACCCUCAACAUUGAUACAGCUACCAAUGUGGCUACAGGAAAAUAUUCAAAAAUCAUUCACAGCUCUCAGACUAGUUCGGAGGGUGGGUCAGACGACUCGGAGGAUGACAACCCUCUUAGGUUGGCAUCCCUAGGCUCACAUCCCCCAGGGCCUGACAACCCUCUUAGGUUGGCAUCCCUAGGCUCACAUCCCCCAGGGCCUGACAACCCUCUUAGGUUGGCAUCCCUAGGCUCACAUCCCCCAGGGCCUGACAACCCUCUUAGGUUGGCAUCCCUAGGCUCACAUCCCCCAGGGCCUGACAACCCUCUUAGGUUGGCAUCCCUAGGCUCACAUCCCCCAGGGCCUGACAACCCUCUUAGGUUGGCAUCCCUAGGCUCACAUCCUCCAGGGCCUGACAACCCUCUUAGGUUGGCAUCCCUAGGCUCACAUCCCCCAGGGCCUGACAACCCACAUUGUGCCACACACAGAGAGGAAAUCUUGCUGCAACAGUUUGAGGAGAAUCUGCAGCUAGGGGAACUUUCUGGAAUAAGAGGUGGAUCAACAGACUUAGUUUCUGAUGGCGACACCUCGUUACCUCAUCCCACCUCGUUACCUCAUCCCACCUCGUUAUCUCAUCCCACCUCAUUAUCUCAUCCCACCUCGUUACCUCAUCCCACCUCAUUACCUCAUCCCUCCUCACUGUCUCACCCCUCCUUGACUAGAGGUGAAGUUAAGGAUGUUGGAAAAAGUGUACAAAAUUUGGACAGGAAAACGUUAACAGGAAAAAGGCGGAAAGAUUUUUUUCUUACUGGAACAAGCAAAAGGAAAAAGUAAAUAUUUUUGUCAUCAGCUUGGACUCGCCUUACUCCAGUUUCCUGUUAAAGGUAGCUACAUUUAGUCCCCCCCUCUCCCCACACUGGUGAAGAUUUGGCUUGUGCCUUAGCACCAGUCAUGCCUGGAUCUUGUGCCUUAGCACCAGUCAUGUCUGGACCUUGUGCCUGUUGUCUGUCUUGGAUGGCCUUACAAACUUAUAAAACCAUUUUUGAUCAACUUAUAAAACCAUUUUUGAUCAACUUAUAAAACCAUUUUUGAUCAACUUAUAAAACCAUUUUUGAUCAACUUAUAAAACCAUUUUUGAUCAACUUAUAAAACCAUUUUUGAUCAACUUAUAAAACCAUUUUUGAUCAACUUAUAAAACCAUUUUUGAUCAACUUAUAAAACCAUUUUUGAUCAACUUAUAAAACCAUUUUUGAUCAACUUAUAAAACCAUUUUUGAUCAACUUAUAAAACCAUUUUUGAUCAACUUAUAAAACCAUUUUUGAUCAACUUAUAAAACCAUUUUUGAUCAACUUAUAAAACCAUUUUUGAUCAACUUAUAAAACCAUUUUUGAUCAACUUAUAAAACCAUUUUUGAUCAACUUAUAAAACCCACUUUUGAUGAACUUAUAAAACCACUUUUGAUCAACUUAUAAAACCAUUUUUGAUCAACUUAUAAAACCACUUUUGAUCAACUUCCCCACUUUUGAUGAACUUAUAAAACCAUUUUUGAUCAACUUAUAAAACCAUUUUUGAUCAACUUAUAAAACCCACUUUGGAUCAAAACUUUUUUUGCUUUGUAUGUGUAAAUUGUGUAAAUAAAUGGGCAGCAUUUGUAGACUUUGUAAAUAAAAUAUCAUGGUUUCUCACCUCCAAAGAAUAUAUUCUAAUUUUAGUACGGGCCUUAACUUUUUUUAUUGACUACUUGUACCCAUGCCAGUUGUUCAACUUUAUUAUCUUUUGAUUAAACUUAGUUGGGCAACUUUUAGGAUAUUAAAUGGUAGGAUGUAGGACAAUUUUAAUACAUUAUAACUAGAUGAUUUAGGACAUCAUAACUAGAUGAUGUAGGACAAACCUUUAGGACAUUAUAACUAGAUGAUGUAGGACAAACCUUUAGGACAUUAUAACUAGAUGAUGUAGAACAAACCUUUAGGACAUAACUACAUGAUGUAGGACAAACCUUUAGGACAUUAUAACUACAUGAUGUAGGACAACUUAUAGGACAUUAUAACCACAUGAUGUAAAAUGGUUAGGACACAGUCUGAUACCAAAUUGUCCAGUUUAGGACAUUGCUUACAUAAUGACACAUGUAACUAGAUCUUUUCUUACAUAAUGACACAUGUAACUAGAUCUUUGCUUACAUAAUGACACAUGUAACUAGAUCUUUGCUUACAUAAUGAAUUGUGUAACUAGAUCUUUGCUUACAUAAUGACAGUGCCAUUCUUAAAUGUCUUGUGUCUCAAGGGUUCAAUUCAUGAUCAGUUGUGUCAUGA